AGUUAUGCGGGAUGCCAUGCGUACUCCUACAUAAACGAUAGUGUUGGUCGGUAGUUGCUGUUUUGUACAGUUAAAAAAUACGGGGUACUUUUAUUGUUUAAAGUUUAGUAGUUUGUUUUUUAGUUCCAAAUUUAGUGAGAAUAGUUCGUCGGUUUAUUCUUCAGUUAGUUUAGUUGCUUAAUAUGGAAGAACUUAAUAUAGAAAUGAGCAGAAUAAAUUUAAAUAAAGUGACGAGGCUUCAACGUUUAAUUUUUGAAUCAUUUGAAAUUAUUCAGCAUUGUUGUAAUACCGUUGUGGUAAAUUGUGGACCACUAGUGGUAGCGGACAUGUUUCAACAAAUUCUGCCCACCGCAUUUUAUCUAAGUACUGGAUAUUGGCCUUUGUAUGAUUCAAUGAAUGAUCGGAUUCCUUGCAUCUGUGAGUUUAUUAAUGUUGAGUGUAUACACGAUCAUUCAAUAACUCCAUGUUUUAAUAGUUUUCAAGAUGUUCCAGAAUAUAUACUUUUCAGAGAUCGAAAUAAUCAAAUACAAAUGGUGAAUGUUAUAUUAACCAUAAUGGAAGAAGUAAAAUCACAAAUUAUCGUUAUAAGGUACCAAGUCAAGCAUAUUUAUGGUUACAAACAGUAUCGUAACGAAGUCACUAUUGAGCAUGUAUUUUAUUCUGCGUUCAGGUGCAGUAUGCGACCAGUCAGACAAGUGGAAGAUUUCUUUUUAUUCUUCGAAUUGCAUCCUUGCUCGAUGCCAUUAUAUGGAUCAUACUUUAGAGAUUUGCAGAACUUCAAGCUAAGUCAGCCACCAAAAUACUAUAUUGUGAGCCGGUGUUAUUGUCCCGAGGAGGUGCUUUAUAUAGAUCAAAUGGUCACCGGAACAAUAAACUUCGAUGAUGACUAUAAUAUAGAAUUAUCUAAUUUAACGUACAAUAAGGUUGAUGUUAAUAAACAACUAAAAUGUAUUCUCGCGACACUAGAACAAACAACUGAGUGUUCCAGUUGGAAGCCUGUUCAGAUAAAGAAAUAUUAAUUUUUAUAAUUUAUUAAAUAGCAAAUAAAAAAAUUAUUAAAAAUGUAUGUUUUUUUUAUAAGUUUAUUCUUAUUGAUAAAUUGUAAAAUUUUAUUAAACAUGUUAACUAGGUAUAAAAUAUUCUCAAACUGUUUUUUGUUUCAUGUAUAAGUUACAUAUAUUAUUUUUAUAUAGGAUUAAGCCACAACUGAUUGUAUUUUUUUGCGGUGUUUGUAUACUGCUAUUUGGUCACAAAUGACCAAUUAUUAGUUAUUUUCUGACUUGACUUAAUAAAAAUCAAACUUAAAUCU